GCAAAACCUGAGCAGCAGCCACCAGCCAGAUCAGCCAUGGAUUCUCUGCUGCUUCUUCUUCUGCACCAUCGUCACAGACCCUUCGCAAUGUCUUCGAUGCUCACCAUUUCUGCAAUUCUCGUUCUUCUCCCGUUCACCAACUCGUACUCCAUACAGGACCUCCUCCGAAGCAGAGGCUUGCCAGCAGGGCUCUUCCCGAACAACGUGAAAUCCUACAAUCUGGACCAGAGGGGGCGUUUGGAGGUGUACUUGGAGGGACCCUGCAUGGCCAAGUUCGAGAACAGAGUCUACUUUGAGAGGGUGGUCACGGCCAAUCUCAGUUACGGUGGGCUCAUCGGAGUGGAGGGUCUGACUCAGGAGGAGCUAUUUCUAUGGCUUCCGGUUAAGGACAUCAUUGUCGACGAUCCCAAUUCCGGUCUCAUUUUGUUUGACAUUGGUCUUGCUCAUAAGCAGCUUUCUCUUUCUCUCUUUGAAGAUCCUCCUGUUUGUAAACCUCAAGGGGUUUUGGAGAUCAGCGGGAGGAAGAAUAAGGAGUUCCAAACCCAGAGAUGAGAUGAAAGACGAACUCCACCCUUUGAGAUGAUUUCCUUUCUUUUUCUUUUUGGACCUUCGUGUUUUUUUUUUUGGAAAAGAAAAAGUUGGAUUAAGGUUCUUAGAUGCUAUUAGACCUGUAAAAAAAAAAAAAAAAAAAAUUAAAAAUUGGGUAUAAGAUUUGGGAAUCAUAAGAGAAAUUUUUUUCCAAGUUCUUAAUUCAUACAGAUAUGAAAAGAAAAAAAAAAACGAAUCUUAAGUGAUUGUGUUCAUCACUUAAUCUACUUAUCUCUGAGGAUUGUUUUAAUUUAAUAAAGCUUCUUUUCCCCAAUAAGGGAAUGAAGUUUGGGUUUUGUGUGAUCCAGAUUCUCAUGUAAAUGAAGUUGAAUUGAGACACCUUUCUGCCAGCAAAUUAAAAUUA